UGACUGUGAAACAAGUUAUGUUCUCCUGUAAUAGCCACAAGUUUUUAUAUUAAACAUGUUUUAUUCAUGACGUCAAGGAGAAGUACUACACUACCCACAAUCCUCAGGUGUAAUAGCGACGCCUGUGAUUGGUGGAUGUUUGCAACAGCCACAGACAUGACAGCUACAAUUGGACGAUUCAGCGCUCAACACUAAAUAUAAAAGGAGGAUUUUCUGAGACCUUGAUGGAUGAAUGAAUAAGAAAUUUACUUUUAUUGACGUUCUAAAAGUGUCGUUGAGCUCUUUUGUAAACGUGAAAAGUGAAAGCUGGGAUGUGACCUCAUGUUUUCAUUGUUUACCUCCAGCUGCUUCAUAUUAAAAACUUGACCUCCGCCGUGUCCCACCCUCUCGUCACAUCUUUGGCCGAGCUGUUCACGAGCUGACGUCAAGUGCUCAGGGGGAGGAGUCGCUCUGACAUGAACCAGCUGUUUUCAGAUCAGUUAACAAGUCGUGAAACCUAGAGAACCAGUUGUUAACGAGCUCGACCCACAGCAGGAAACACACUUAACUGAAACGUUCCUGGAGGAAGUGGUGACGACAGAGACCAUUAUGCUCAGGGAUCCUUCUCACUGGGUCGGUAUGGAUCCCAUUAAUGACCUCACAGUUCCCAGCAGGACACGCCCUUUUAAAGAUCCAUGUGGUCAGUGGCUCAGAGCUGCAUCAUGCAAACUGCCACAGCCUCGAGAAGAAGAAAACACAAUCUGCCUCCUCCGAGCUCCCACUGCCUCGGGGCAUGUGUGUGUCUGUGCAGCAGCGACACUUUGUGUUUAGCCUGAAGAUAAAUCAACACCUGCGUUGUCGUCGUUUUCUACUAAAUUGAACAAACCGAAAGUCAAAAGACGCCCGGGGACGAAGAGGAGGAGGAAGAGGAGGAGGAGGCAGCUGAUGCCAGAGAAGAGGAGCAAGCGACUGAAGAAGAAAACAAAGAGUGUGUGAACUGUGCAGCUGCAGCCAGAGCCUCAGCCACUAUCAGAGAGUGAAGAGGUUGAUGAUUACGUCUCCAAUCAAAUGGCGAAGAGGAUGUUUCAUGAUAGUGGCGACGAUGGCCGAUCAGUCAUGGGGAUGUUGACGGUGCAGGUGGAGCGGGACCCGAGGACGGGGGCCACCGUCGUGAAGUCAGUGGCCCCCACGUCAGCCGGGGGGGGCGAUAGGGUCCACACGGUGUUCGACGACGGCAGGAAGAGCAUCCACACCGUGGGGGGGUCAGGAGGUCAACCCUCCACCGAAGAGCUGGGCCAGAUCCUGAGGGUCAUCGACGGGGUCGGGAUGGAGGCGCUGCUGGACGAGGUCACAGUCGUUCCCAACGUGACGGAGGUGAAGACUGAGAAGGUGGAAGCCUCCGGGAUCCUGAAGGAGAAGCUCCCGUCCCUCUCCACCCUUCACGCUGCGUCUGAAGACAACGUGUUGGACAGACGCUACGUCUUAGAGGCCGAGCCGAGCGUAGAGGACGGUGGUAGAAGAGAGGACAUCAUGGCUGUUGGAGACGUGGGGAUAGAGGACGUGGACGACCCGAGGCUGAAGGACGGGCCCGUGACUCUUUUGUUCCUGGGAUACACGGACGCCACAUCUGGUCAAGGGGACGGACAAGAGGAGGAAGAAGAAGGGAUGCUCACCGCGGAGCGAGUCAUCAUCACCGAGGACGGAGAGGAGUACCUGAUGGAGCCUGAGACAGCUGCUCCACCUCCGUCAGGGUCGAACGAGGCAGCAGAGCAGGAGGUGGAGAGAGAGCUUCAGGACGUUCCCCUGGAAGGAGCUGGAGCUAAAGUCCAGAGAGAGGACGGGGACCAAGGGCUGCGUGAACCAUCGUCCCCCAGGACAGCAGAGACAGGAGACACCUCCAAGCCCAAGACCUGCAAGUGCUGCUCGGUCAUGUGAGAGAAAGACUCUGGACUCAAACCACUGUGCCUCUCAUCACACACCACUGCUGCUUCAAUGAUCAUGUAUGUGAGUGCACACCAGUAUGAGCCCAUCAUGGUCCCAGUGGUUUGUCCCUCAGCUCGGACCCCUUCACUUUGUCCUAGAACCAGAGCCUCAGGAUGUUUAAAGACCUUUUAAUAAGAGGUGUGAUUAAAGAUCCACUUCCACCCCCUGGUGGACAAAGUGGAGCAUGCCCUCCUGCAGCGGUGCAGUCUCACCUCAAGUGACCUUUUCUUUCAACACAUUGGGAUUUGUCAGAUUUCCAUAAAAGCCAGAAAUUACAUCUGAUUAAAGGUGCUUCCUCCGGGAAUGUAAAAACCAAAGAGGACUGGGAGAGGAAAGACAUUUACAGUUUUCAGCAUUAAGAUGAUUAAUCAUGUUCUAAUUGAAUUUAAUUAAUCAAUCAAUCAAAUGUAUAUGUAUAAGCCCAUAUUCACAAAUCACAAUUUGACUCAGAGAUCUUAACAACGUGUGACAUCAUCUGUUCUUAACCCUCAACAAGAGAAAUGAAUACUUGAUUAAUAAGAAUCUGAAACACUGAGGACGAGAUGUGAGACGUUUCUGAAGGUUCCAUGUGACAAUCUGGAUUAUGUCCUGUUUACUGACGAGUUUUUACUGGUCUCACUGGGACCUGGUAUGAAACGGAUUCAUUACAGUGGCUGUUUACUGGAAUAUAUGCUUAUUAAAGAAAUAUAUAAUUGUG